GCGUGUCUUCGACGGGGAGUGGUGGCUUCCAUUUACGGUGGCAAAACGAAGGCGAGAAGGUGUCGAACUCUUGAGGCGGGAAAACGAAUUUCAAACGUAAUAUAUUUUCUCGUAAAUUUCGACGGAUUUUAACUUGGUCUGCGUGGUUACACGGAACCGUAUCAUGUCCCUUGUCCAGGUGGCAACUCGCUCUCCGAGCAAGUCAACCGUACCUUCACAGGACCAGUCUCCAUCUGCACGCAAAGGCGGGCGCAUGCGUUCUAAGCUUCACGAUGUAGAUGUCUCUGCGAGGACAGAAGAAGCAACAGAAAAUAUGGAGACACCAGCUAUUGUAACCAAGAAGAAAGGGCGACCAAGGAAGGAUCGGUCUCUGUCCCCGCAGCCUAAGGUAUCCAGGGUGGUGAACGCAAUGGCGCACGUGUGCACCCAGUGCAGCGCCACCUUCGCCGACAAGGAUCAACUGAAAGAGCACUUGGAGAGCCACGCAGACGAGAGUGAGCAGGCCCCCACCCUGGGAUUGCUGAAGAAAGAGCCCAACAGGAAUGGUGGGAGUCCGACGAAGGGCUGCAGGGGCCGGUCUAAGGGUCGCAAAGGCGCCAUCCGCAAGCCAGCCAGCUUUCUCUCCCUCAAGGAAACCAUGGCACACGACACAUUGGGUGAUUCCAAAAAUCUAGACUCGGCAAAAUCCUCUGGAAGUGAUACAGAUGACAGCAAUCUCCCUCUGCCGACGGCAGAAGACAGGAAGCGGCAGUCCUCGCAUAGCUCAAGCGACGGUAAAGACAACGACGACUUGUACCGUACCCGUGGCAAGAGGAGCAAGGUGAAGGAGGCCACCCAGCAGCGCAAGAACCUCAAGACCCCCGAAACAUACACACCUGGGAGCCAAGAGGAGCUGUGGAGUGUAGAGAUUGCUGAGACUGGUCAGGUGUCGUGCCCCAACUGCCACGCUACCAUACGCAAGACAGUGGAGGGAAUCAAGAAACAUCUGCAGGAGUGCACAGAGGAGGGGCUCAAGUGCGAGCACUGCUCCAAGGAAUUCAAGUCCUUGGCAGGAAUCAAGUACCACCUGUUGGCUGAGCACAACCAGUGGCUGAGGGUAAAUCCUGGGGAGGUGCCGGACGAGGAGACUGACAGGGAACGACUGAGGCAGGUGAUCAAGCGCAUCGGCAAGAUCAAGUGUCCAAAGCAGGGCUGUACGGCAUCAUUUUUGAGCCUCAUGGGGUAUCAGUACCAUGCAAAGCGCUGCGGCAAGGACACGGUGGAGCUGGCAGCUAUGAAUUACAAGUGCAUGCACUGCAGCCGAGAGUACCAUUCCAAAGCGGGAUACGACUACCACAUCAACGCCAAACACAGCCCGGCUGCCAACAAAGGAGGUAUGGGGGGCGAAAACGACAUGCGGGGCAGUGAUGAUGGCAAUGAGGACAAUGGUGAUGGGAUGCGGGCGGAGGGCAAUCGUUUGCCCCGCAAGUCAGCAAUGCGGGCGGUGCGCCAGAUACAUGAGCUGGUGGUGAGCGAGCUGGCACGCGAUUGGCCCCUGCGCAAGAUCAAGGACGACCUGAUCCCACACAGCAACCAGCUAAGGUACACGAAGCCAGGCCUGCCAAACUUCAUACCGAAAAUUCUGGAAAAGUGGCGUCGGGAUGUGAAGAAGAAGGGCGAGGUCAUAUGUCCCAACCAGGGUUGCUCAUCAACAUACACAAGUGUGUCUGGGCUGAGAGGACAUUUGAGCGGCUGUGAGAAGGGAGAGCACUUCACUGGCCAAUACCAGUGCCUCAUCUGUCAGAAGGAGCUGGCCUCGGAGAGUGGGGUCAAGUACCACAUCACCAGCAAGCACAACGUCAACUGGUUCCUGGAGCCGGGCAGCAGCUCUGGGGGAGACUUGGGCACCAAGAGUAAGAAGAAGAGGGGGCCUGGGCGGCAGCGCAAAGUCAUGCUAGAUGCUAGUGCCACUGCCACACGAACCGGGUUACCCAAGCAAGGCCGGGGACGCCCCAAGGGUGGCUCCCUGGCCAAGCAAGGACGUGGGCGUCCACGACGCUCUGUCGAUCCGGCUGGUAACAGUCCCACCACCACCAGCCCGGUAAAGCGAGGUCGAGGGAGACCCAAGUGCAUUCCCAACAAUGCGGAAUCUGCAGCAGAAGAACACAUUAGUGGUGGCACCAAAGGGGAGGCGGUGAAAAGCAAUAAGGGUCGCGGCAGGCCCACUGCAGGGAAGUUUGGAAUGGAAGGAGGACCAAGAGAAGAUGUAGUUGUCGAGGAGGAGGCGACUCUGGGAGAGGGUGUGGCCAUGAUGGAUGAAGCUGCUAUGGUGAUGCUCGGAGGGUCUGGGGACGAAAUAGCGGUCAGCACAGGUUUUGAGAGAGGAAUUGGCGACAGAAAGGUGCGGGAUAAGAAUGAAAACAUAGGGAUGGCAAUUGUGCAGCUGACACGGGUAGAUGACGAAGAGAUGGAGGAGGAGGUGCAUUUGGAAGUAGAUGGCAUCACGGGGAUUGAGUGGCAUAAUCCAUAAACGCUAAAAGGAUGAUAACAUACCAUUGACCAUAUUGCAGUGAUUUUUGUCACCAGUCUCAUCCCACAUGGUAUUUCCACUCCAUUUUGGAUCAGAUGUUGACAAAUGCUCCAGCUUGUAAUGGAGUAGCACAGCUACAAUAAAUGUGGCUGCAACCUAGAAUCAGUCAAUUAAAGUUGUAAAUGCACAAUAUUUUUGACAAGUAUUUUGAAACAAGAAAACUUAAGGCUGCAACAUUUUAAUACUAUUUAAAUGGUCAAUUGUUGAGAUUUAUAAUGAAGUUUUUUUGUGUUAGAUCGUGUAAGUAUAAAUGUGUUGUAACUCUCCACCACCCGACACAGCCAGUAAGGUUUGUCACAUAAACAACAUGCCAGUUAGUUACUACUUCAGCCCACCCGUGUGUUGGAGAGUAAAUCCACAACAUUUACAAUUUGAGUACGACAUUUAGCUGGUAAUUACAGCCAGCAUAAUUUGGCAAUUUUCCAGAAUAGGGAAGCAAUCCACCUGCUUUCCAGUCUCAAUCGGCCGAUCAUGCUGGAAGUAAUUACCAGGGAAACUCUAUGUAAUUUGCAUUUACUUUGCAUGGAUUGAUUUACCUGGUCAUGUGGCAAAAUGCACUAAACGUCGUAAAAUAUUGUCAGUAUAACUUGCUUAUUUGAAUAAAUAAGUGAUUGGAAUAUUUGUUGCAGCCUUAAACUGAAGUCAAUGCUAAGUAACUCUAGCAUAACUUCUUAAAAGCAUGAAAUUGCCCUUUUAGCGACCUAUCCCAAGCUCCCUCGGUAUGGUUGUGUAACCCACAUGUCCAUUCGUGAUUCUUAUAAUCAUUUAAAAGAUAUGCGUUAUCCUGGGUAUGUAUAUUUCGAAUUGCUGCCUUGGCCAUAUAGAAGCAAGUCUACAGAUCUGAUGUGCUUUGCAAAACACUGCACGAUAAAUUUAAUAUGAAUAAAUUAGAACCAUGAUCUGAAUACACUAUUUGUAAAUGACAAUACAGGGUUUGCUUCAUAGGUGAUUAUAGUAAAAUAACGCACUGCAGAAACUGAAAUUGAACCAUUUACAUGCAAACUUGCAGUGGCACGCAUGCUAACCACUAGGCCACCAAGUAUAUUGUGUGCAGUGCAUUCAGCCAUGUCGCAUUUGGAAUGCGACAUUUGGCAAUGAUGGUUAACAGCAUGAAAAUUGUAUCUUUUAGAAUGUUUUAUGAAAGCGUUUAAAAAUACUUAGGAAGUGGUACAGUUAAGAAUGUUUUUUUAACAGCUUACCAUGUAAAUGAGAGAAAAUAACAUGACAUUUUUUUCUGUUUAUUACCUUAAGUGCACAAGCUCCAUUUGCUAGUGGUGGUUAGAUUAUAGAUUUGCAUAAAUAUGAUUUUAAUUUUUUCUUAUAUUUACAGGACAAGUCACAUUUAAAGCUACAAUCAUUUUGGGAGUUACUUGAGGCCAGAAGUAGCUUAUAAAAUGUUACUGUGUUGAUGUAUUAUAUAACAGGUUUGCUUUUUCUAUAAUUAAUGUCUAAUGUCUCGCAUCUACAAACGAUACAACUAUCUUCAUGUGGAACAUCUUUAUGUUUUGAGAUAUCAGACUUAUCUCCACAUUGUCAUUAGCAGUGCCACAUUAUUCGGAUAGUGCUUACAUAAAUCUCUACUGGAUUACCAUUAUUUUUCAAGACCUCGCUGGUAAAAAAUAUUGAUUUGAAGUAUUAUAUGCUGAUUUCAAGUUGUUUUAAUCUGUCUUUGCUUAAUUAGUACUAAUAGCUUGGCUUUUUUGAGAAUCUAGAAAUAUUAUUUUGGUCAUGAUCAAUAUUGUGGGCUGAGAAACUUCUCAUAAGCGCUUUGGCUUUCGAGAACAAAUGUCUUAAAAUGUUGAUAAUAGGUGUGAAGAUGUUAAAACACCAAACUGAAACCUUUUACAAGGAACCAUGUCUGCAUUAACCACAAUGCUUGUGGUCAGAAUGCAAAAAAAACAUACUCUGAUAAUAUAUGCAUUGUCCUUGAAACUGAUUGGUCCAUUGUCUUUGGGCUGUACGCCUUUUGGCGUCCUCUGAUCUAACACCGUUUGAGACGAGGCUCAAAAUAAAGCUGUCUGGUGUGGACCAAUUAGUUUCAAGGACAAUAUAUAUUAUCAGUGUUUUUUGUUUGCAUUCUGACCACAAGCACUGGUUAAUGCAGACAUGAUUCCUUGUAAAAGGUUUCAGUUUGGUGUUUUAACAUCUUAGCACCUGUUUUGUUGCCAGAAAAAAGGGAAAAACCCUAUUAUAUUUUGGUACUGGCAAAGGAGGUCCCAUGAUUCAAAAAUGUUGCACUGUCUCUUAUCUUAAUUGUAUUCCUAAGCCCACUUAGCUUUAUUUCUUAAGCGUUCAUAACUUUAAUAUUGAGCGCUGCAAUGAUUAAAAUUUCCCACAUUAUCUGAUUUGUGUGUUACCCAAAUGUCACUUCACGAAUAUAUGUUUUAAAAGGCGUCACAGUAUUUUAUAAAAAAAAACCCAUAUUUUGGUUCUAGAUUUGAAGCUUUGAAGACCAUACUUUGGUCACUGCGACAGUGAUCUAAGUAUCUAGUUUGACACGUUAACCAUGAGGCAGAUAUUUAAUUGAAAAUUUUAAAUUUUUUUUGGCGGCUUCCUGAAUUAUUGCUGCUGUUACAAAUACGUCUAUCCGUUAUUUUACCAAUUUUGGUAGGACACGUUUCAAGAUUUUUUUCGAUAAGUCAUUACAAUAGUGAUUCGGAAUUAUUGGGGGUAACUGGCUGAUGGUUAAGUGUUAUUACAGCUGGCUGCUCAUUGAACAUCCCUUAAAUGAUUAUAGGAAAACCUCGCCGAACACGGUUUUAUCCAACCCGUGUUUCGGCUAUGCAGUUUACUUAAUGAGGUCUGUGUUUCGGAGUUAUAUUUCGGCUAUACGUGGUUUGACUGUUAAGAUUGUUGCUAAGAUGUAGUAUAGGCUUGCAAGAGAUGAGAGUGCUGCAUCUGUUGGAAGAUCCUCUGGUGUAAAGAAAUUUAAACAAAUGUGUGAUAAUGUAACCGUACUCACGCAAAACGCAAAUGUUCACACAUAGCCACAUGCAUCUAGCCGUCCACUCGAGGAUGUCAGUCAUACAGACACCUAGAUGGCGAAUCAUUAAUAUUCAAGUGACAGUACGAGGGGCGAGCGUUGGGCGUGAGUGCCGCGGUGUGGUAAGAGUAAUGGAGACGAGGGUUUUGUGUUGCGGUAAAAUCGAAAGAAUGCACACGCAAGAAAUGGAGAGCGACAGAUAACAAUAACAGGCAGAAAUGUAGAAUUUUUUAAACAAAGAGGGAGGGGGUGAUAAUUUUGGACCCAGGAACGCAACUCUGUUUCCCAUAAUAUAUUGUAUUUGUCGAACCCGGUUUUGCCCCAUCACUGCGGUUUUUAUUAACGUAACCCCCGCGCCCGACGAUUUUUUCCUGUUCCUAUUGAUCAGGAUGACCUGAAGAAGCAUUCAUUAGUCAUUCAUUAAUGAGUUGGCAGGUAAUGUGUUGUGAAAUGUAUCGUGGGUGCUCCCACUUUAUUCAAAACGUUUUUGCCAGCGUGGAAGAAAUAGAGCAAAAUACUCUUCGAGUGGCAUUUUAGAGCUCCCUUUAGUGGAGGCCCUUCCACCAUCGUUGGAGUGAGCAAUUAAUCACAGAGCUGCACCUUGACAGUUAUAUUGCUCCCUUAAGUGGUCUUAACGAAUAAUCGCUUCGUGUUAUUUUACCAAUAGGUCAUAUGAAGUAAUUCAUUUGUCCAGUGACUAGAGCCUGUUCACGGUGAUGUAAACAACUCACUUGUGUUGCCUGCUUAGAAUUGUUUCGCUAGUUUUAACGUCGGGGAGAUGAGUUGUCAUGUUGGGGUGAAUCAGAGCGCCGUAGAUCCCAUCAAAGGUAUCGGAUCGUCACUUUGGUUGUUGACCUUGUGAGUGAGUUAUCUGCAACUCGCUGAAGUUAAACUUCGAGUUAAUUCAAUAAAACAUGAUACAGAAA